CCACCGGAAAAAGCAGAAACCGGAAGCUGCUAGCAGAUCUAGCUUGUUCUGGUGUGUGAGGAGAAUAUUUGAGGCUCUGCAGUAAAAAUGUCUUCACUUCAGUCUCUGGGAGAGUUGAUCAGCUAAAGCGACUAACUGCUGCUGCUGCAGAAAUCUUCUCACCAGGCUGUGGAAACUUUCUUCUCCUCCUCAACAACUUGGUGGAGUUCUUUCCAGAACCAGAGAAGAUAUUCUGCGGUCUUCCUGACAAUCGGAGCUCCAGAAUCAGGUUGUGGCUGUUAGCUAAACACGGCUAAAGAAAACCUGCUACCACUUCAGGAUCAUCCAUCAGCUGGGACUGAUUCAUCGUGUGUUCUUCACCACCUGGACCUGGACAGCAUGGACACAGGUAGGGCUGCCACCUUUCAGAUAUGUAAAUGAGUUGGAGAAGUGGUUUUUCUGUUAGACAGAUGUGUUAUUCACACAGGUGUGAAACAUCUGUAAAAGCCAGAUCUGGUGCAGGAAAAUAGCUGAACAGGGAGUGGGGACACACUUUGCCUUCUGCGGUUAUUUUCAACAGGUGGUUCUGGUUAAAUAAGAAGCUUCAGAAGAACAGAGUGCUCAUGUCAACCACCAGCACCUAGAUUUUCUCCACAAAAAGGAGGAACAGGAGAAACUCUGGUCUAGUAUGGAGGGAGAGCAUCUCCAUUUGAAUAAAGAGACUGAUGCUGCCAGGUUUCAAUCCUAUAGCAAUGGGACACUUUUAAACAAACACACAGGAGUCCACACAAAACAGAAACAUUUUGCCUGUGAGCACUGUGGACAAAGAUUUCGCCAAAAGACUAUUUUAAACAGUCACAUGAGAGUCCACACAGGACAGAAUCAUUUUCCCUGUGAGCUCUGUGGAAAAAGAUUUAGCGGAAAGUCAACUCUAAACAUUCACAUGAGAGUCCACACAGGACUAAAGCCUUUUCCGUGUGACCUCUGUGGAAAAAGAUUUAGCCAAAAGUCUACUUUAAACAGUCACAUGAGAGUCCACACAAGACAGAAGCCUUUUGCUUGUGAGCUCUGUGAAAAGAGAUUCAGCCAAAAGACCCAUUUAAAUAGACACAUGAGUGUCCACACAGGACAGAAGCCUUUUGCUUGUAAGCUCUGUGAAAAGAGAUUUAGCGUAAAGUCAACUUUAAAACGUCACAUGAGGGUCCACACAGGGCAGAAGCCUUUUGCUUGUGAGUUCUGUGAAAAGAGAUUUAGCCGAAUGUCAACUUUAAAAAGUCACAUGAGUGUGCACACAGGACAGAAGCCUUUUGCUUGUGAGGUCUGUGGAAAAAGAUUUAGCGAAAAGAGUUAUUUCAACCGUCACAUGAGUGUCCACACAGGACAGAAGCCUUUUGCUUGUGAGCAAUGUGGAAAAAGAUUUAGCCUAAAGUCAACUCUAAAUAUUCACAUGAGAGUCCACACAGGAAAGAAUCAUUUUGCGUGUGACCUCUGUGGAAAAAGAUUUAGCCUAAAGUCAACUUUAAAUAGUCACAUGAGUGUCCACACAGGACAGAAGCCUUUUGCUUGUGAGCUCUGUGGAAAAAGAUUUAGCAAAAAGAGUAAUUUAAACCGUCACAUGAGUGACCACACAGGACACAAGCCUUUUGCUUGUGAGUUCUGUGAAAAGAGAUUUAGCCGAAUGUCAACUUUAAAAAGUCACAUGAGAGUCCACACAGGUCAGAAGCCUUUUGCUUGUGAUCUCUGUGAAAAGAGAUUUAGCCGAAUGUCAACUUUAAACAUACACAUGAGUGUCCACACAGGACAGAAGCCUUUUGUUUGUGAGUUCUGUGCAAAGAGAUUUAGCCGAAUGUCAACUUUGAACAGACACAUGAGUGUCCACACAGGACAGAAGCCUUUCGCCUGUGAGUUCUGUGGAAAAAGAUUUACCCGAAAGACAAAUUUCAACGGUCACAUAAGAGUCCACAAAGGACAGAAGCCUUUUGCUUGAGAGCUCUGUAAAUGAAGAUUUAGUCGAAAGAAAACUUUAAAUAAUCUUUUAAGCAUCCACUAAGGCUGAACGAUUUAUUGCAGGGUUCUCCAACCUUUAUUGGCCCGUGAGCUACUUCUACACAAUGAAAGUACAGCAGAGUUACAGCCAUACGAUUUAUUUACAUUGAUACUUUCCAUGUGUGAAUGUGCUUAUGUUGAAAAUGCUAUACUUACUCUAUUAACAUGCAUUGUAUUCACAAGUUGAUUUCUCUGUAUUUCAGUACAUCAGCAUAUAUUUUUAAAAGUACAAGUAAACUAGUGAUAUUCUGAAAACCUAAUUGAACAAAACAUUUAGUUUUUCAAACUAAUCAGAUAAAUUCAGAUAAUGAAUAACAAAUCUACUUCAUGUGAAUUAUUUGGCAAUUUUCUUAGAAGGUUAGUAAGCACACAGGAACAGCUAACGUGUAAAGCUGAUGAUACUUCCACUUGAAAUACAAGCUAAAUGUGAUGAAAAUAGACAAUUGUAAAUAGUUUGAAUUGAAAAAAAUAUAUAAAAUCAGAAAAAAGAUUUGUUCCUGCUCUCCUGAUUGAUUGAAACAUUUUUAUGUUUUUUUUUUGGGUCAUGAAAGUUAAGUUUUGCUGCAUUUAUUGCUAACAAUAUUAAGGUUGGAGGUUUAUCCUUUUUUUCUGCAUCUUGUAGGUUUUUUUCUCCGCAGGUCUG